AUGACACAACUGAAGGCUCACAAAGAGAGGAAGAUAAAGAAGUCAAAAGCUAACGCAUGUCUAUUCUCUGUUGUUUCAAGCACCAUAUUUACAAGAAUUAUGAAUCUACAGUCAACAAAGGCUAUUUGGGAUUAUCUCAAGAAUGAAUACCAAGGCAAUAAAAGAACAAAAAACAUGCAGGUGCUUGACUUAAUCAGGGAGUUUGAAAUGCUAAAAAUGAAGGAGACAGAAACCAUCAAAGACUAUUCUGACAAGUUGCUGGGCAUACUAAACAAGGUGAGGUUGCUGGGUAAGGAUUUUUCUGAUGAGGGAAUUACACAAAAAAUUCUUGUGACUUUGCCUGAAAAGUAUGAGUCUAAAAUUUCUUCAUUAGAAGAAUCUAAGGAUUUGUCAAGUAUAUCCUUGGCAGAAUUAGUAAAUGCUUUGCAGGCCCAAAAGCAAAGGAGAAUGAUGAGAAAAGAAGAAUCUGUAGAGGAUGCUUUUCAAGCAAAGGCAUAA